UGAGCAGAAAAAAGAUUGGAUGAAGCGCAGAAUCCAAGAGGUGUGGAGGUACUGGAAGAGUUUGAAUGUUUCAUGUUUCGCAUUUUUCUAGAGGAACAAUAAAUGAAUCAAUAGAAUAAAGAGUCACACUCACACAGUUUGGUCAGAACUAGCUGCUGCAUGGAAGAAGCGCUAUCAUCUUCAUUUCAAAGACGUAUGAAUCAAAAAAAAAUUAUUAUAAUUAUUAUUAGCGGGACGCUUAAGGUCUUCUUAGGGAGGAUUUGCAACCCUCCCUACACCGGUUCUGAUAGGCUGACUGUUGUAGAAAUGUGGGGUUCUAGGGUGCAUACAGGUCUUCCUCCUUUCCGGCUGGGUUAGCCUCUUUUGGUCCCCCCCUUUAUAUCAUGCUUUAUCUUUCUCUGACUUUGUCGUUCAAAUCUGGUCCGCUUGCUUCAGCUCUUCAAGCGCUGCACUUUCCCUAUUGAUUCUCUUACCUCAUUGUUACUGUUAACAUAUUACUGGUUGUUCCUUAUUAUUAGCGGGAAUCAAAAGACAUGAAAUUAGAAACAAACAUUCUAUCUCAGGUGGUUGUACUCUCUGUCGCAGCACUCUCAGAAUUGGUGGACAAAUGGAAUGAAAAAAUUGAGCCAAUGAAUGUGUCUGGAGGACGAGCAGUUCCAGACUCUGCAGGAGUGCGGAUAGGAGUGCUAACAUGUCUUUGCACUGAAGGAGUAUCAAUAUCUUUGAACUAAAUAAAAAAUAUGAAUACGUUGUAAGACGAUGCACAGUCGCAAGAAGUCUUCAGUGUAAGAGCAGUGUCUAUCUAUCAUUGCUACUACUAUUUUCCAAAAGUCGCGGAACACAAAGAAAAACAUACAUGUAUUUUCGCACGUAGCAUCAUAGCGAGUUGUAUUUCAUAACUUUGCGCAGAAGCAGAACCGCAGAAGGCAUAUCGUUAGUUUUGAUAUGGAAAUAUCUUCAUAGAUGACUAGAAGUUGGUUCUGUUCUUUUGUCAAAAGUUAAGUGAAAAUCAUUGCCCAUGAUCUUACUUCUACCUGUAUAUGAAAAAACUUUGGAAAAAACCUUUGAAACUGUAAGGAAUAAAACAAAAUGCACAGGGAACGUAGUGUUGAUAUUUUUGGCCUAAAAGUGAAUCAUUUAAUUCUUGCUAGAGAGGCGGGUAGAACUCGUCAGGGAAAUCUUAGGCAUCUUGCCGAAUAGAUUCAAAUCAUUAAUUCUUGCUGAAGCCUUGUUUGUUGUGACAGGCACUCCUGCCAGUGCAAUGCACUAUGCCUUUGAGCAAGUUGUUAAUUGGUCACUCUUGGAUAAUCAUAUUGACACACACGACUACAACCGAAUGUACUUCGUGAAGUUUUGGUUGGGAAUGAUCCAUCAUGAUGUCGAAGGCGGGUGGCUCUCUACAACUCAUGACUGAAGAAGGGGCAAGUCUGCGUGUGAGUCAUCGGGAACAGCACCCUAGGUCAAAUAGGGCCAUCCUUGCGUUGCUGUUGAUAU